GGGGAGGUCCCUGAGGAAGCUGCUCCUGCGACAGACGCUCCGACUGAGCCUGACCCCGACCGCGUAUACCUGGACCUCACGCCCGUCAAGUCCUUCCUGCACGGCACUGGCGGUGCACAGGCCCGGGUCCCCUCGCCCACGCUGCCCCAGCCAGACCCUCCGGCCGAGGCCCUCCCUGCAGACCUGAACCCCACCGCCGAUGAGCCCCUCGUGGUGUCUCCAGAGAACCCCGAGUUGCAGCAGAUGCAGCAGGAGAGUCAGGAACCUGAGGAGCCUUCCCUGGGAAUCACAGCAGUCAAAAUCCAGACUGAACAGCAGAAGAUCUCCUUCCCACCGAGCUGCCCUGACACUGUGCCCAUCGCCCCAGCCGGGGCCAGCCCACCUGUGAAAGACAGGUUGAAGGCAACCAAUGCAGAGAUCAAACUUGGCAAGAACAGGACAGAAGCCGAGGUGAAGCGUUACACAGAAGAGAAGGAGAGGCUUGAGAAGAAGAAGGAAGAAAUCCGGGGGCACCUGGCUCAGCUCCGGAGGGAGAAACGGGAGCUGAAGGAGACCCUGUUGAAGUGUGCAG